AGUGUAAUUUGACAUACAAAGUCGUCUUCUUCAUUAUUGAUCAACCUAACCAACUCGCCCACUGUUUUCUGUUAACCGUUACGUCAAUUACAUCAGAAUCUUCAGAUCCCCAUUAUCCAAACUAAAUCUUCCUCCUGAUAACUCAAACUCAUUUCAUGAAUCUCCAUGAAAAAAACCAACCAAAAUGCCUCAACCUCACAAUAAUAGCCCCUUUGAUAUGCUCCCAGACGAGAUCAUUUUCACCAUUCUUGACCAACUGAAAACUCACCCUUUUGCUAACAAGUCAUUCUCUCUCACUUGCAAAGCCUUUUACUUCAUCGAGUCUCGUCACCGAAGAACUCUCAAGCCUCUCUGCGCUCAACUCUUACAAAGAACCUCGUUUCGAUACCCUUUCGUUGCACAACUUGAUCUCUCGCUUUGUGCACAAGUUGAUGAUAAUGCAUUGAAUAUUGUUUCAUCCUCAUCAACAUGGAAGUACACUUUGAGCUCCGUGAACCUUUCGAGAUCUAGGUUGUUUAGUGAAGUGGGGUUAUCGAGUUUGUGUGUAAAUUGUGUCAAUUUGGUUGAACUAGACUUGUCGAAUAUGUCAGAAGUGGGAGAUGUUGCGGCUGUAGCAAUUGCGGAAGCUAAGAAUUUGGAGAGGUUGUGGUUGGCAAGGUGUAAGUUAAUAACUGAUAUGGGGAUUGCACGCGUAGCCAUUGGUUGUAGAAAGCUGAAGUUACUUUCUUUGAAAUGGUGCUUGCGUAUUGGUGAUUUGGGGGUGGGUUUGGUUGCUCUGAAGUGCAAAGAGAUUAGGACUUUGGAUCUCUCUCACUUACCGAUCACAGAGCAUUGUCUCCGGUCAGUCAUGCAACUACAAUAUCUUGAAGAUUUGAUUCUUGAGGGAUGCCACACUAUCGAUGAUGACGGCCUUGCUACACUUGAGCAAAGUUGCAAGUCCCUAAAGGUUCUGAAUAUGGCUAAAUGUGAAAACAUAAGUCAUGUUGGUUUUUCUUGUCUGACGAAUGGUGCUGCUUCCCUACAGCAGCUUACUUUAGCUUACAGCUUGACAUUCACUGCUGAUCUCUCAAAAUGUCUGCAAAAUUUCCCUGCAUUGCAGUCGGUUAAGUUAGAUGGUUGUUCUUUCACUUGUUCUGGGAUAACAACUAUUGGAAAUUGGUGUGCUCCACUCAAAGAAUUGAGUUUAAGAGCGUGCUCAGGAUUAACUGAUGACCAGCUCUCUUUUCUUGUGCGAUCACAUAAAGAAUUGAGGAAGUUAGACAUAACAUGCUGCCGUGAGAUAACAUAUGUCUCCAUUGAUGACAUUACAAAUUCUUGCACCUCACUCACUUCUCUGAGGAUGGAGUGUUGUAGCUCAGUUUCAAAGGAAGCCUUUACGUUGAUUGGACAGCGUUGCCACUAUUUAGAGGAAUUGGAUGUCACAGAUAAUGGAAUCGAUGAUGAAGGUUUAAAGUCCAUCUCAAAAUGUUCAAAAAUUUUGAUCUUAAAACUAGGGAUUUGCUCAAACAUAACUGAUGCUGGACUCACAUAUGUUGGUAGAGGUUGUUCAAAGCUAAAGGUGCUUGACUUGUACAGUUCGACAGGAAUAACCGACAUGGGCAUAGCAGCCAUUUCCCAUGGUUGUUCUUCACUUGAGGAGGUCAAUAUAGCUUAUAAUGACAGAAUUACCGAUGCCUCUUUAACAUCAUUGUCUAAAUGUUCAAAUUUAAAAGUUCUUGAAAUUCGGGGAUGCACUCAUAUCUCAUCGGUGGGCCUUUCAGCCAUAUCCAUGGGAUGUAGGCAACUUACAGUGCUGGACAUUAAGAAGUGCUUCAACAUUAAUGAUAAUGCAAUGCUUCCACUCGCUCUAUAUUCCCUAAACUUGAAACAGAUAAACUUGUCGUAUUGUUCAGUAACAGAUGCUGGACUCGUAACACUAGCUAACAUCAACCACCUACAGAACAUGGCUAUAUUGCAUUUGGCGGGUGUGACUCCAAAUGGCCUGGCUGCUGCUCUAUUGGCCUGUCGAAGGUUGAAUAAAGUGAAGCUCCAUGCUUCCUUUAAACCAUUACUUCAUCAAUCGUUCCUGGGUUACAUGGAAGCCCGUGGUUGUGUGUUUCACUGGAGAGACAAAGCAUUAUUCUAGGUGCAUCCUUGUAGCCUUAUCAGAAAUAUCUUCGUAAUUGUUUAUAUGAGAACUUCCAUAUGUUAAGAUGUCAUAAUUGUUAGCUAUUCCGGCUUCCACAAAAAUUAGGCACAAUCUUAUGUUAUGUAUGAAAAUUGAUGUUUCUUCUUUCUCUUGUGUUUUCCUAAGAGGUCAAAGAAUAUAUAAGUUGUAUUAUGGAACAAUUUUUGACAGAUUCAGCUGAAGAUUAAAAAAUAUAUCUUGAAAA